AUGAUAUUUGAGUCAGUUGCAGAUGCUAGACACAGGUCUAAUGAGAAAAAAAAUAGUUUCGGAGGUGCUAAGGAUGUUGUGACUGAGCUGCCGGGCCAGCCCAGUGUAAAAUUUGAGCAUUAUGCUGGUUAUGUCACUGUAAAUGAGACAAAUGGAAGAGCUCUCUUUUACUGGUUUUUUGAAGCCAAAACUCACCCAAAUGAGAAACCUUUGGUGCUAUGGCUCAAUGGAGGUCCGGGUUGUUCUUCUGUGGGAUAUGGUGCAACACAAGAGAUUGGACCUUUUCUAGUGGACAUAGAUGGACGCGGAUUAACAUUUAAUCCUUACUCAUGGAACAAAGAAGCCAACUUAUUGUUCCUCGAAUCUCCAAUUGGCGUUGGAUAUUCAUACUCAAACACAAGUGGCGAUUACGAUAUUCUGGGAGAUGACUUUGCUGCCAACGAUGCAUAUGUAUUCCUGCACAAGUGGUUCCUCAAGUUUCCAUCAUACAGGAAGCGGAAAUUUUAUAUUGCAGGGGAGAGCUAUGCAGGGAAGUAUGUUCCUGAGCUGGCUGAACUCAUUCAUGACAAGAACAGAGAUCCCUCCUUUUUCAUAGACCUUAAAGGCAUUUUGUUGGGCAAUCCCGAAACACAUGAUGCUGAGGAUUGGAAGGGAAUAGUUGAUUAUGCAUGGAGCCACGCUGUAGUUUCUGAUGAAACCCACAAAACAAUCAAAGAAUCCUGCGACUUUUACAGCGAAAAUCCGUGGAGCAAUAAAGAUUGUGAUCAGGCCGUGACCGAAAUGGAUCGAAAUUAUGAUGAAAUAGAUAAAUAUAGCCUUUAUACAUCAGUUUGUAUUCCGUCUAAUGAAGAAAAGAAGACACUCAGGAGCUCAUUUAACAAGAUGCCAAAGGUCAUUUCUGGUUAUGAUCCAUGCCUGGAUAACUAUGCAAGGUCGUAUUACAAUCGACAUGAUGUUCAAAAGGCCCUUCACGUUGGUGAUGGAACCAGCCUCACGAACUGGACCAUAUGCAACACGACAAUCUAUUAUAGCUGGACCGGUAGAAGGGUGUCGGUUCUUCCCAUAUACAAGAAGCUCAUUGGGGCAGGACUUAGAAUAUGGGUCUACAGCGGGGACACUGAUGGUAGAGUUCCUUUUAUGUCGACAAUAUAUAGUUUAAAAUCCUUGGGGCUGCCCAUCACAAGGGCGUGGAGACCUUGGUACCAUCAUAAACAGGUUGGUGGGUGGCUUCAAGAGUAUGAAGGGCUUACAUUUGCAACAUUUAGAGGAGCAGGUCAUGCAGUCCCCUUAUUUAAACGAAGUGAGUCCCUUGCAUUCUUCGCUUCAUUUCUCGGCGGGGAAUUUCUACCUUUUCAGCGGACUUAA